AACGGCAAUAUAUCAAAGGUGAAAAAUAAUAAUCUAAUAAAGACAUAAUCAAAUACAUUAAUCUUACUAGCAACUGUUAUCAACUCGGCACCUUGAAGCACUAACCUCUCCACCUUAUAAGAUUCACUCUAUUUUUUCGGUAAAGAACAUAAAUAAAGGAGUUAACAAGAAUCAUAUAUAAGCAGGCCUUGGUACAGAAGCAAAAAUAAAUUGUAUGGAACAAGAACCAUUAACAAGCUCAAACACCAGUCCGAAAAAGAUGAUGGUUGACUUUGGAGACAGGCAUUAAUAGAUCUAAUUGCCAUUCUCAUAAAACAUAAAUCAUAUGUUGCUGGUAAAGUGCAAAUAUCACAAACAAUGCUAGAAGUGUCAGUUCCAACCGAUACCCUCUUCUUCUUUUGCCAAUUGCCUGUCUCUUCUCCAUCUAUCUUUUCUAUUUUUCUCCCUAUCAAGGGAUCAAUAGCAGGUACAUGGACUCCACACACAGAAACAGGUAUAUAUGAUUUUCUUUUUAAUUUUUCUUUUGGAAUAAUUCUUCUGGUCAUUAUAUACCUAUCUGAAAGAAUCGAUUCUGAAGACCUUAAGAAGAUACAAUUAGAACAAAGUUCCUGGUGUUAUACUUUGUAUGUUUGUGUUGAGAAGUGACUGUAUUAUGAUUCCUUAACUUUGAUUUCUUUAAAGUUAAAAUCAAACAAAACUUCAUGUAUUAUGGUUUGUGGAGCCCACUUCACAUGAGCGUACCUUGGGAGUUAGGACACACAUUUUUUGCUGCUUUACUCCUACCUGACUUUGCUAUACAUUGCUAAGCAAUGGAAGAUAAUAUAAUAGAAUAGAAGCUUUUCUUGGCUUUAAAGCUAGAGCAGUGACAUGACACGGUCUCUACUUGCACACCACUCUUCUGUCUUUGAUCCAAUCCUAUGUAACAAAAUUUAAGAUGAUCACUUAUAUAAUUUGGUCCAAAACAUCAUAAGAGAUCGUGCCUAGGUAACCAACUCCAUGGAAACACACGUGAGAUUUGGAUUACGUACAAUUUCCUUGGUCCUUUUUCUGACUCUUACUACAAGUUUAAGCUCAACUGCAUUUGAUGUCAGUGAAUAUGAAGAUAGGGAAAGCGUUGAUAUAGCAGAUUCUAUCUUAAGUUAUGGAAAUGAAAUGGAAGACAUGGAAGAAAAUGAAUGGCAGAUGGUGCAAACUAAAGCAAACCAAUUUGUGGUGAACGACCAACCUUUCUAUGUCAAUGGAUUCAACACGUACUGGUUGAUGGUAUUUGCUGCGGAUGAGUCCACCAGAGGAAAGGUCACUGAGGUGUUCAAACAUGCAUCCUCUGUGGGUAUGACAGUUUGUAGGACUUGGGCCUUCAAUGAUGGCCAAUGGCGUGCUCUUCAGAAAUCUCCAUCAGUUUAUGAUGAAGACGUGUUCAAGGCCUUGGAUUUCGUGGUGAGUGAAGCAAAGAAAUACAAAAUAAGGCUCAUAUUAUCACUGGUUAACAACUGGGAGGCUUACGGGGGCAAAGCACAGUAUGUAAAGUGGGGCAAUGCAGCUGGCCUCAACCUGACCUCUGAUGAUGCCUUUUUUUCACAUCCAACUCUCAGAAGCUAUUACAAGGCUCAUGUUAAGACUGUGCUCAAUAGAGUUAAUACAUUCACAAAUAUCACUUACAAGGAAGAUCCAACCAUUUUUGCUUGGGAACUGAUGAAUGAGCCUCGGUGCAACUCAGACUCCACAGGUGAUGUGUUACAGGAUUGGAUAAAAGAAAUGGCAUUCUAUGUGAAAAGCAUUGAUACAAAACAUCUGGUGGAGAUUGGACUGGAAGGAUUUUAUGGCCCCUCGACACCUCAGAGAUAUCAGUUAAACCCAAAUGCAUAUGCUCACCAGGUCGGAACAGAUUUUAUCAGGAACCACCAGGUUCUAGGUGUUGACUUCGCUUCUGUUCACAUAUAUCCAGACUCUUGGAUUUCACAAUCAAUUGCUGAUUCCCACCUCCCAUUUAUAAAGUCUUGGAUGGAAGCGCACAUAGAGGAUGCUGAAAAGUAUCUCGGAAUGCCUGUUGUUUUUAGUGAGUUUGGUGUGUCUGCAAAAGCUCCUGGCUUCAAUUCAUCAUACAGAGACAACCUUAUAAACACUGUGUACAAGACAAUCCUAAACUCUACCAAGAAAGGAGGCAGUGGAGCUGGAAGCCUUGUGUGGCAGCUCUUUCCUGAUGGAACGGAUUACAUGGAUGAUGGGUAUGCAAUUGUUCUCUCAAAAUCACCUUCCACAUCAAGCAUUAUAUCCCUUCAAUCCACAAGGCUAGCCCUCUUCAAUUCCUUGUGCUCUACAAAAUGCCGUUGGGGUUGUAAGAAGCGAAAUGUGUUGGAAACAGUACUCUAUCAUGACGAACUCUAAUACCAUAUGAGGAAAGUUGCAAACUUCUGCUAUGUAUAAAGCAUGUCUGUGGUGCAUCAAGAUAAUAGCUUCAGUAUGAAAAUGAUACCACAGAGAAAAGUGAAGAGAAGAGAUAUAUAUAGUUAUGCAGCAUACCAUUGUACUGAUGCCAAUAGUUAUACUUUGUAUGUUCUGACAGUUGUGUGGCAAUUUGUAAAAUAAGCAAGUAAUUUUGGUGUGAAGAACUAUGUUAUUAUAUCAGU